AUGUUCUCGUGGAAAGCCCUCUCGCUGGUUGUCGCCGUGGCCGUGGCCAUGAACGGGGUGACGGGCCUCGAGCAGGGCAACCCUACCAACCACACUCCGACGACAGUCUCAAGUGGCAAGUCUCCGACGCCCGCGCCGACAACGUCGACCGGCGGCGAUUACUCGGACGACAGCACAGGAUCUUCGGCCACCGGUUCCUCGGCUAUUGACCAGACCGGUUCGGCUGCGACGCCGGCACCGACCACGUCAAGCGGUGACGAUUACUCGGACGAGAGCACAGGGUCCUCCGUCGCAGGGUCCUCCGCUACUGACGAGUCUCCGACACCGGCACCGACAACGUCGACCAGUGACGACGCCAGCACCGACUCGUCCCCGACUCCGGCGCCGACUACGACAAGCGGCAGUGAUUCGGAAGAAGUACCGACACCGAUGCCGACCGUGUCGAAAGACAGCCCAAAGCAGCUUCCCAGCGGGUCUGGAAGCCACCCGACGGGACUCGACCUGGACGGUGCCAAGAAGGGCAAGGGCGGUGACUACGGGUCAAGCGACUCUGGCAGCACCUUGGAUAGCCCGAACCAGUCCGACAGUCCCGACCAGAACGACAGCCCCGAGCAGUCCGACAGCCCUGUGCAGGACGCCGGCAGCAAGGUGGUCGGUGUCUCUGCCUCUGGACCGAGUGGUGGCAAGGGCUGCAAGCGUCGCAGGCUUCGUAACUAG